GUCCUAAACUGCACUGAGAUUUGGAAUAUUCGGUUACAGUCCAGCAGCAAAAUGGCGACUGUCAUUCAGAAUCCUCUGAGUUCACUGGGGGACCAGUUCUACAGAGAGGCCAUUGAGCACUGUCGCAGCUACAACGCCCGUCUCUGCGCCGAGCGAAGUGUCCGCAUGCCCUUCCUGGACUCUCAGACAGGGGUGGCCCAAAACAACUGCUACAUCUGGAUGGAACAGCGCCACCGACAGCCUGGUCAGGCUGCAGGACAGAUGUACACCUACCCCGCGCGCUGCUGGAGGAAGAAGAGACGUCUGCACCCUCCUCUUGAUCCCCAGCUGCGCCUGUGUGAGCUCCGACUGGAGGCUGAGUUGGCCCCGAAGCGGGAGGCCCCCCCUGGGGAGGCGACAGCCCUGGAGGCCCUGCUGAGAGGAGAGGGGCUGCUGGAGAAGAAGAGCAACAUGAGCAAGGAGGAGGAAACCCUUUUGGAGAUCCAGAGGGUCCUGGAAGCCGACGAGAAUGGGGACGGUUUCCAUGACGACGAGGACUUUGAAGUGGACACUCCAAAGAGGAAGCACAGAAACAAAGGCAGAGUGAGUGGUCGAGGUUCUGGUCGGAGGAGGACAGAGGCGGUUGCCAACGACGACCAGGACAAACCUUACGUCUGUGACAACAGAAACAAACAAAAGCAUAACUCAAAAUCCGCCGACUCAGUCUGUGGGAAGCGCUACAAGAACCGUCCGGGGCUGAGCUACCACUAUGCCCACACCCACCUGGCAGAGGAGGAGGGCGAGGAGGAGAGGGAGGAUGAGGUGGCCCCGUCCCCCCCACCACGGCCAGACAACCACAAACCUCAGAAAGGCCCAGAUGGCUCCAUCAUCCCUAACGACUACUGUGACUUCUGCCUGGGGGACCAGGACUCCAACCGGAAGACUGGCCAGGCCGAGGACCUGGUGUCCUGCUCCGACUGCGGACGCUCUGGUCACCCCACCUGUCUACAGUUCACAGACAACAUGAUGCAGGCAGUGAGGACCUACCAGUGGCAGUGCAUAGAGUGCAAAUCCUGCAGCCUCUGUGGCACCUCAGAGAAUGACGACCAGCUGCUGUUCUGUGACGACUGUGAUCGUGGGUACCACAUGUACUGUCUGAAGCCUCCUAUGACCCAGCCCCCUGAAGGGAGCUGGAGCUGUCACCUGUGUCUGGCUCUGUUAAAGGACAAGGCUUCAGCCUACGAAGAGCCAUAACAUCAGUCAACCACCAGCACCAACCAGGACAUUCCUCUUGCCACACACACACACCCUCACACAUGCACAUACACACAAUCACAGGCUCAGGGCAGACAUUAGUCUUACUUCGUCCAGUUGUCAGCUUCUUGUGGAAGAGUACAGCUUAUGCCCCUGAUCCAGGAGUCAGGCUAUCUGCAAGCAGCUCUCUACCUCACAACUCUUGCCAACCUCCAAACAUCAGAGAACACAUCCCUCAAGUGAAAUUCACACAUCAGGUAGCACAAGCUCAUUCAGAACCCAAACAUAGGUACAAAUUACUACAAGUUUGUGUAUUUUCCACACAGUAGGUAAUACAACAUUUACGGUAUAACACAACCAACACUUCUUGAAACCAGAGAGUUAAAGUCAGUUUUACUUGUUUGUUUGAAUUCAUAGAUUACCCUGUGUCCCUUGCGUAAUUAGAUUUCCAAAUGACAGACUUAUUUUAAUAUUUAGACUUACUUGAUACUCUGUGAUACCUUAUUUGACCAGAUUUAUAAAGCAAACUGUUAUUAAUGCUGCAUAUGGACUGAGAGGACUGCGUCUUGUUGCUCGAACAUGACUCUCUCUCUGAAGCUCAGCAACAUUCUCAACUCACGCUUUGUUUCUGUAUCACCGUGGUAACUAGGAGACUAAGGUGCUUAUAAAAACAAUUGUCUGAAGACAAUUAAAAUUAAACUGUUAUUCAUGCAUUCCUACUGAUAUUGACUGUUACUGUGGUUGAAUGCUUGGUUCAGAACAUUAAACUACUGUUAAAUUCCUGGUCUUAUAAUAGGACAAUAGUUACACAUGACCAUUGAUAGCUGUCAAAUGGUAUAAAGAUUUUACAUGGCCUCUAAAGUAUAUCUGAAAAUUAUACUCAGCAAGCAACAUGCUGUCUUUAAGAUUAUUUUAGACUUCUCUGUACAAUAUGUGUGCAUCAAGUUUGUACAUGUGUGUUUUUAUGCAUCAGUAAAUGUUUACUAUAUGUUUCAUGAAGCCCUUUUGAUUGUCUUUCAAAACAUAUUUGUACGUUGUGAGAUUGCGUGCCCUCUGGUACAAAUGUCUCUACAUGCCACAGUCAAGGACUAUUUGAAGUCCCAAUAAGCUUAAACAAAAACGCUACAAAAAAGGAAUCCAGAUUUUAUAGUGUGAGACAAACUCAACUAUUUAAGUUUAGCUAACUGUUUUCGAUUUGAAAAUAUGAAAUUAAAUCUUUAAGACACAAAAAUUGCAUCGGCAUGACUGGAAAUGUCUUACUAGUACUUUCUAUUCUUGUUUUUUUUGUGUUUUUGUAUUUGGUAUUGGUUUUUCCUAAGACAAUCAUGCGGUAAAAUUAGAUGUGAAUAACUUUUUGAAUGUGUUUGUCGUGCCUCCCUUGCAGUCAUUUCAGCAUCAUUUAUUACUGUUUGUAUCAAGUUCUUACCCAAACAAAUGUAUUCAAUAUCAUUUAUUUUUAUUCGUGAAAAUUGCCUAAAGUACUUAGAAACCAUUUUUUGAUUUUGUUGAUGUAUACUUGUUUUCUUUUUAUUGGGCUGAAAUAAAGAUUUUACCUCAUUACUUCUAUGAACCUGUUUCCCCCCAAAACACAUUAAAAUACAUGUGGAAAUACUUAGCAGA